GCGUACGCCGCCGUCACCGCCGCGGACGACACUCUUAUCAUUGUACAUUUGUACACACUAAGCGCAGAGAGUGCGUUCGAAGUUCUAAUGAGACAGAAAAUAAUAUUAUAAAUCACAAUAUCAUAGGUACUUAUUAUCCUACUUUCGACUUCAUUAAUGUUUAUUAUUUAGUACCGUUAUUCGCGUUUUACGGCCACCGGGAAGGAGACACUAGACAACAUUGUAAUCAUUACGUUUGAUGUUUAGUCGAUUGUUGUCCGCAGGCCCAUAGACGAAAAUUGCCAUAUUGUACGCACGCGCGCUCGACAUUAGUGCAUUAAAUGCGUUUGCCGAUAUCUGAUCUUUGCUCGACGUCCGGACGGUGACUCAAGUGACAACAACUAAAUCAUCGUCGGCGUAAGGCGCUUUCGAUUACUCGCACAUCUUGAUUUUAUUCCUCGUCGAACGUCCGACUCGACUUGCAAAAACCUACGAAACGGACCUAUCACUCGACGUCCGUGUUCACAAUGCUUUCUGACGAGUUUGACGUGGAAGAAAACAAUUCCCAGAGUGACAUAUUAAAUGAAGGGAGCAAUUCUGAGAAUGUCGAUUUAAGUGAUAAUUCUCUUCAAGUAGUUAUUUCUGACGCUCUCAGUGAAAAGGACAGAGUCAAAUUCACUGUUUUGUCUAAGACAACAUUGCCAGAUUUUCAAAGAUCAGAAUUUUCAGUUGUACGUCAGCAUGAAGAAUUUAUCUGGUUACAUGAUCAGUUUGAAGAAAAUGAAGAUUAUGCUGGGUUUAUUAUUCCACCUGCUCCCCCACGUCCAGAUUUUGAUUCUUCAAGAGAAAAGUUACAAAAAUUAGGAGAAGGUGAAGGUACAAUGACCAAAGAAGAGUUUUUGAAAAUGAAAAAAGAAUUAGAAGCUGAGUACUUAGCCACAUUUAAAAAGACUGUUGCAAUGCACGAAAUGUUCCUUUCAAGAUUAGCUCAGCACCCUGUGUUUCGUUAUGAUACAAAUUUCCGAGUAUUUUUAGAAUACGAUCAAGACCUUGCUGUUCGUACGAAAAAUAAAAAAGAACUUUUUGAGGAAAUUAUGAAAUCUCUGUCAAAGACCACAGACGAAUACCUUCUUUCUGCAACUGUAAGAGAUGUCAAUGAUUUUUUUGAACAAGAAAAAAACUUCCUCAUAGAUUAUUAUGGCCAUUUAAAAGAUGCUACUAUGAAGUCAGAUAAAAUGGUAAACAAGCAUAAAGAUGUUGCUGACUGUUAUAUCAAGAUUUCAUCAUGUUUAGUUCAGUUAUCAACUUUUGAUCAUAGAGAACUUGAUUGGUUCUUGAACCGAUUUUCUGAAACAUUGGAAAAACUACGAAAAGUUGAAGGGAGAGUAGCAUCUGAUGAAGACCUCAAACUUUCAGAUACAUUACGUUACUAUGUAGGAGAUUCAUUUGCUGCAAAACGAUUAUUAUAUAGGCGAUUACGUUGUUUAGCCAACUACGAAACAGCUAAUCGAAAUCUAGAAAAAGCUAGGGCAAAAAAUAAAGAUGUCCAUGCAGUAAGUAAUAUUUUACUUUGUACAAAUAUGAAUAAACUUGAUAUAUUAUAUAAUUUUUAUUUCGUUAACUUGUUUAACGAGGCUCAAGAAGUUUAUGAUGCUGAGGCAACACAACAGUUAUCAUGUGAAAAAUUUGAAGUCAUGUCUGAUAAAGGAAAAGAAGAAUUGAUUGAUUUUAAAGCAAGAAGAGUGUCCACUUUCAAUAAAAACUUAUUGGAACUUGCUGAGUGGGAAAUAAAACACGCGCAGCAUCAAAUAGACAUUCUAAAAACUAGCCUUGAAAUGAUAAAUAGCGAAGAAAAGAAGUCAACACUUAACGUCGAGUUGGCACGACGUUAUCACGGGAGCAAUUGUUUUAAUUUAUUUAUGUCUAUGAAUUUAAAUAACUUAUUUGUGAGUUUCAAUUGAAUGAAACAUAUUGGCAUUGUGUAAUUAAAUUAACUAAGUCAUUACAAUUUUAUAUACAUUAUUUACUCAAAAGUAUCAGCUAAUGACGUACAAAUGUUUUGGAUAAUCUAUUAUGUAACAAAAUAAAACUGGGUUAUAAAACAAAUAGAUGGAUAUAACAUUAAGUUAAUAA